AUGUUGCUUAACAAGAACUUAAUGUACAAACAGCUGGUGGAGAAACUGUAUGACAAGUCAAGGAUACAGGCGGAAAAUGAGCGCUGUGUGAUGAGGGUAAAUGGCAUAAAGAAGAUCGUGAAGCGUCGCAAUCACGAUGUGGAGCUGCUUAAGAAGCGACUGGACAAGCACGGCGACAAUUGGCGAUCCGUUCCAUUGGCGCCUCAUCCCAAGGGCAAAACGGAACAGAAACGUCGCGGACCCAAACCCAAAAACAAAUCGGCCACGGACGGAGGAAUAGGAGCAGCCACCACGGGAUCCGGACAAGGGACCAAUUCUCCAGCUGUGCGCAAGCCACGGAAACAGCGGGCGAAAUUACAGCGCCUGCGACAAAUCUCAGUGCGACUGUUCCACAAACCCAAAUAGGGACCUGAUAUUUAGGCAUUAACACUGGAAUUUUUUUAAGGCUAAUAGUACAUUUACAACUUUAUUAAGGCAAAAUAUAAACCAAAAACUCUUUAA